UUAGAUGCCUAGCCUCGAGAUCCGGUCAGGUGACCACGAUCAAUUGCAAUCCUAGUAUCGCCAAAAUUUGACCCCAAAUCCGCAACUUCAUCAAUCCACCAACACAACGCAGAACCGCCAGCAAUCGGGCUGGUGCUCAUUGAGCUCCAACUCGUGGCUUGUAUGACAGUGGCUUCGUCAAUGCUGUAAUCUUCCCACAUUUUCUUGACGAAAUCUUCCGCCCAGAAGGAACAUCACGAAGCAGUAUCUCGUCAUUUUGGAGGGCCCGAAUACAGCGCAGCGUCGAGUGCCAUCGCCCAUAUCAAGACGCGUCGUUUCACUUGAUCGCCAAGGCCGGAAUGGAUUGCCAAUAUCGCGAGGGUUCUUCACCUUGCCUUCCGCCCUUGAACUUUGGUACCACAUCAAGCAACGGAGACCAAGAUCGUGAAGCAACAGCUCUUCAACUCCAACCAUCUCACUCUGUCAGCAUUGCGGAGCUUACCAAGGAUCGAUACGGUCCACUUAGAUCUGUCAAUUCUAGUGCAGUGCCCCACAUCAAGACCCCAAUCCUCGAGCAACUGUUCCCUGGUACUCAGACCUCCAUCACCUACACCUUCUUCCAUGUGGAGAACCAAGGAUCUAAAGAAUCGCCACCUCGCCUUUCGAGCUCCAAUUUCCCCAGGACAGCACAACUUGAGAAGAUAGAAGAUUUGAUCACUUCGUCUGCACAAGCUCAACCGAAUAACUUUGGGGCCAAUUACGAUGGGGACCUGAUACAUCAACAACCUUCCAAAUUCACAUUCUUUCCGAGACUCCCGCCUGAGCUAAGACUUCGCGUUUGGCAAUUUACAACAUUCCCGAGAAUUGUCAGCUUCGUCCCGGGAGGAGGCAAAGCUCCUGCUCCCCUCUCUGUUUGUCGAGAGUCACGCAAGGAAACUCGCAAAUUGUACCGCCUCUCCAUACACAUCUGCCCAAGAGGUAGGCAUGUCGUCAGAGCCCGCGCCCAACGCCCUCGAAAUGUACGCAUCCCAGAUUUUGGAGUUUUCAUAAACUACGAUGUUGAUAUCAUCUACCUUGCCCCAUCCCGCAACUUUUGCGACUGGAACAUCAUCGACGACGUCAAUAACGUACAGUUAGAGCGGAACGAUGACUGUCUUUGUAUCGCUACCCUGAGAUUUCCGCUUUGGCUGAUGCCCGCUCAAAGAAUCGCUUUCGAGCUGCACAAUCCGCAGCCUCUCUCUACGAGAAAUUACGAUGACGAGUCCCUUAGGUGGAAAUGUCACUUCGCCGAUCUUGCAGAAGACUGUCCACUGCUGGAGGAAAUCCUGCUGCUCGAGCAUCACGAGACUCAACUUACGCCCCAGAGGCUGCUAGACACGGCUUUCCAUUCAGAGACUGGAGAUUCUUCGUUCGAACAGGCCUCGGAAGCGAUCGAAGAUGCGGAAACUUAUGCCGAAAAUGAACAGGCCGUGGUUCGAGACUUGAAGACGGAAGAAGAAUGCGCUAAGCAGAUUAUGGGAGCACCCAAGCCUGAUUACGAUAAUAUAUUCGCUCGGUAUUGGUGGUCCAAGAAUCCGAAGUUGACUUUCGUCAAGCUGGAGAAGUGAGAAGCCAAUGCCUAAGAAAGGGAGUCCAUGUACCUGGUGAAUGUUUACAACUGUUGUCAUUGCUGUAGCAGGGGGUCGAGAGGUGUUUCAUGGCGGAGUAAAUCCUAGCGGCGGCAGAAUAGACUAUCAGAUCUUCUUUGCAGGGAGUACAUUUGUAAGAAUAGUCUCA